AUGGAAAACGGUACAUUUUUCGCGAGUCAACCACUCUCCGUGACUGCUUGGAGCUUCGUCUCUCCACCGAAAGAAUGGCUUCCAUAUGCUUUGGGCUUGUUAAUCGGGUACCCGCUUCUAGUGAGGUCGCUCCGAUAUAAGAGGCUGAACGAUAUGAAGAAGAAAUAUAAGUUUCCGACGCGCGAGUCGAUGGGGAAAAUGACCGAUGAAGAAGCCUAUGAGAUUCAGAAGCAAAUAGGAACUCUUGAGUUCCCAUUUAUGUAUGUGAAAGCGCUACAGUUUGCUUUGUUCAGGACUUACGGAAUCCCAUCAGUCUCACAUGUCCUCACAAAAACAACACAAUUCUCCAACGCAUCAACAUCCCUCAAACGCUACGCAGACACAGUAGCCCUCGUCAACGAAAUGGUAGGAAACAGUCCAACAUCCCAACGGGCCUUCAUCUCACUAGCCCGCACCCGCUUCCUACACAGCGGAUACCGCGCCUCAGGCAAAAUUCUCGAAACAGACAUGCUCUACACGCUUGCUCUUUUCGCGCUCGAACCUAUCAAGUUUGUUCGCCGCUUUGAGUGGCGCCAGAUGAGCGAUCUGGAGCUUUGUGCAAUUGGCACGUUCUGGAAGAGUGUUGGUGAUGCUCUGGGGAUUAGUUUUGAGGGGUUACCGUCUAGUAAUGGGUUUAAAGAUGGGAUUCAGUGGCUUGAAGAGAUUGAUGAGUGGUGUGAUGGGUAUGAGAAGGAAUGUAUGGUUCCUGAUGCUAAGAAUCGGGAAACGGCGGAUCAAACUACGGCUAUUUUGCUGUAUAUGUUGCCUACGAUGUUUCAUCCGGUUGGGUUGCAGUUUGUCUCAUUUAUGAUGGAUGAGAGGUUGCGGAAGGCUAUGAUUUACGAGCCGCCAACGCCAUUCUGGACGUCUGUGUUCUCUACUCUUCUUACGACGCGGAAGUUAUUCACUCGAUACUUCAUGCUUCCUCGACCGGAGUUCUUGAGGAUUGUUAAUAUGUCCAAGGAGCCACAGGAAGAUGAUCGCUUCUUUUCGUUUAACUGGGAUGCAGCGCCUUAUUAUGUUAAACCGACUUUUUGGAAUCGAUGGGGCCCCGUGGCUUGGUUGACUUGGGCAUUGGGACGUCCUGUUCCUGGCGAUGAGGGUGACAAGUAUUAUCCCUCUGGAUACCAUAUUCAGGAUAUUGGACCGAGGUAUUUCGAAGGGAAGGGACAGAAGGCGAUUGAUGAGACGAUGGGGGAGUUGAAGAUUGUUCGAACGGGGAAGUGUCCGUUUCAUUGA